GCUGUGCACAGCUGCUAACUUGCCACGUCUUCGUGGCCUUAUCUGCAAACGCUGCCAUGUGUGCAAUCAAGAUGUCCGUGAACGUUAUUGCCGCCGUUGACAUGCAGGCCAUCAUUGCCGCCACCAUGCCAAGCCUCCAGCCCACAACGUCGACAACAUGUACAACAACGACAACAACAACAACAACAACAGGGGUGACAACAGUGUGAGUGCCUCCCUAAAUGCAAUUGAGCAAGAACAUGGUGUCAAGGAGCAAGACUCGCAAGAGGCAUCGGCUGCUGCAGCUUCUCCAUCGUGAGCUCAAGCGGCUUAGUCGCCCCAGCCGCGAGGCAAUUAUCUUUCAGCAGAUGUCCCAGGGUCAGAAAAUGACCUUUGAGCACUGGAUCCUCAGCACGCAGAGGCUGCCAGAUGCAACCGCGGUUGGUGUUCAAGCCGACACAGGCCGGACUGAAAACUCAGCCAAUCCUACAGGCGGCCGCCAGCGGCGCAAAUGUGGGACAAGGAGUUUUGGUCAGAGAUCUCUGCAGAUAAAUCGUCAUGCGAAGUGCAGGCCGGGAGCUGGCCUGACCUCCUGGUUGGACAAAAGCGGAAGGAGAUUCUACGUUGCCACUGUGGUGACAGAGCACCUUCAAAUCCGUGCGGCCGCUAUGAGGGAUAUUGAAACGGCUAAAAAGCUGCUUGAAAGCUUGCGAGAAGGGCAAGCUGUCGCAACUUCAGCAAAGGCUUGUGAAUCAUGGGAUCUUGAAGAGACUCUUGGUGCUGCGCUUUACAAGGCUCUUUCGCAGCGUGGCCUCGAAACCCUGUACCAGCGUAUGCGCUUUAGCGUGCGCGUUCCAGCCAGGCGUUGGAUAGGCGGUGCCCUACAGACGCCCUACCUGGCAGACCUGCGCACUGCAUGCAGGGCUCGUCGCAAAUUGCUGGAGGCACGUGGGCCAACCAGGGCCGGUGACAGGACUGACCUCGCAGAUGAGCAAGAUCUUGAGGCCAGGUGGAAGAACCUUCAGUCGCUGUAUUUGGAGGUUUGCAAGGAGGCUGGCAGCGACAUUGCACAGGCAGCUGACCACUUGGAAGAAGCUCAAUGCUGCAGGCAAGCAAGCCUCAAGGCAGCAGCUGCCGUGAAAGCCCAAAAGCUGCAAGCACGCUUUCUGCUGCGCACAGAGAAGCGCAAGGCCGCAGAGGCCUGCAAGGUUUGGAAAGACAAGCUCCGCGGCGAGGCCUUCAAAGCCAAGCUGCUUCGAAGCGAGCUUCGCGUGCAACAAAAAGCAUGGCGGAUGGAACAGACGGAGGUCUUUGUAAAAGACCGCAUAGCUCGGCUACUGGCGCGAUGGCGAGUUCUUGACAAGUAGAGCGCUAUGCAGCACAGGCGAAAGCCGCAACCAGCCAGGACUCACUGCCUGCAAGCCAGGUUUGUCUGGGGCAGUUGAGAGCUCAUCUUUGGUAACUUGGAGCUUGGCGCAGGCAAUUUCCAUUACGAUAAUCGGCCUCAAGACCGAGUGAGGCGUUCUGGCAUUUGACCUUGUAGCGAAGGUGAUUCACCAAGUGCACUAUGCAUAAUUUGAACAAGUC